ACUGUACCCCCCGGCACUUUAACCAAGGCCUCUUUAGUUGUAAUCUAUUAAUGUCUGUGGAGGUCAUUUGCUUUUGCUGUAAGCUAAGUUUGGUUUUGUAGCUCAAGCACUGGUGUUUCUUCACUUAGCGCUCACGACAAGCUGGUUCAAAGUGAAGUUUGGCAUGACAACAUGAACUCACCUUACGCAGCUUUGCAGUAUUACCCAGAGUUUCCAUUUCGUCGACUCAGGGACCCGUCAUCUCUGCUGUCCUGGAGAGAAGGCUCAUUAUUUACUACUAUGAGCCAGCCGGGACAGACGGCUGACUUCUUCAGUCAGGAUGUGUUUAACCAGUUGUUUGAUAUGCUGGACCAGUCUGCCAUCCAUUCAGUCCAGCCCAUUGAGCUCAACUUCACCGAGAGUCCGACUGAUGGCUCAGCGGGGAACACCAUUCAGAUCAGUAUGGACUGCAUAACGAUGCAUGAGCCAGACGACAUGGUUUCUUCGCAGUACACGAACCUGGGGCUCCUGAACAGCAUGGAGCAGAACAAUGGUUCGACCUCCACCAGCCCCUACAACAACGAACACGCUCCAAACAGCGUGACCGCCCCGUCACCCUACGCCCAGCCCAGCUCCACCUUCGACGCUCUGUCCCCGUCACCGGCCAUCCCCUCCAACACAGACUAUGCCGGGCCGCACACCUUCGACGUGUCCUUCCAGCAGUCCAGCACGGCCAAGUCUGCCACCUGGACGUACUCGACAGACCUGAAGAAGCUCUACUGCCAGAUUGCCAAGACCUGUCCCAUCCAGAUCAAAGUGCUGACCCCACCUCCGCAGGGGGCCGUCAUCCGGGCCAUGCCAGUCUAUAAAAAAGCCGAGCACGUGACCGAGGUGGUGAAGCGCUGCCCGAACCACGAGCUGAGCCGCGAGUUCAACGACGGUCAGAUUGCGCCGCCGAGCCACCUGAUCCGCGUGGAGGGAAACAGCCACGCCCAGUACCUGGAGGACACUAUCACUGGGAGACAGAGCGUACUAGUUCCAUACGAGCCCCCACAGGUCGGGACAGAAUUCACAACGAUCUUGUAUAAUUUCAUGUGCAACUCGAGCUGCGUGGGCGGAAUGAACCGGCGCCCCAUCCUCAUCAUCGUCACCCUGGAGACCAGAGAUGGACAGGUUCUGGGCCGCCGCUGCUUCGAGGCCCGGAUCUGCGCCUGCCCCGGCCGAGACCGGAAGGCGGACGAGGACAGCAUCCGCAAGCAGCACGUAACGGACAACUCAAAGAGCAGUGAUGGUACGAAGCGCCCUUACCGCCAGAUUUCUCAAAGCAUCCAGAUGUCCACCAUCAAGAAGAGAAGAUCUACAGAUGAGGAAGUGUUUUGUUUACCUAUCAAAGGUCGUGAAAUCUAUGAGAUGUUGGUGAAAAUCAAAGAGUCUCUGGAGCUCAUGCAGUUCCUGCCACAGCACACAAUAGAGUCAUACAGACAGCAGCAGCAGAACCUCCUCCAGAAGCACCUGAUAAAAAGCCGUCUGGGCAGCCAGCUCCUGGAGUCUGCAGGAGAGCAGAGGCGGCGCUGCAGCUCCUCCUGAAACUCUGCUCCACAUUCCUCUUCUUCCUCCUCCUCCUCCUCGUCUUCAUCUUCCUCCGGCCUACACGGACCUCCUCUCUGUCUACUUUAGUAUUUUUUUUUCUCCUGUCCCUCCUCUGUCCUGUGGUGGGACUCAUUUUGCUGGACAGACUCAUUUGACUGACUUUGCAUGCUGUUUGUGAAGCGCUGCCAUCUUUCAGCCUCUAGGCUGAGGUUUGUACAGGAACAAAGCCUGAUUGCUGCUGCUGCUGCUUCUUUUUUUAUUCUAUUUGAGACUCAUAAAGUAAACAUUUUGAGCCUUUGCGUUGUUCUGAGAGCUGGACUCAAACUUUUUCUGGAUUUUUGAGGGUAUGAGUGGAACCUACCUGCUAGUGCAGGUCAUGUUUUCUAAAGCCACUGCAGGACAGUUUGUGCAUUUGAACUUUUCCUCAAAGUCGGCUUCGAAUAGAUCAAGCUUGAGAUGUGCACCAUGUGACCUCUCUGUUUGAAACAGAUCAGCUUCUCCUGCUGGCUUCUGCACGCUCUUCUGUCAUAAUAUAAUAAAACGGAAUAAAAACCUUU